ACCGAAUCGCGAACUACGCAACUCCCAAUCAUUAGUCGUAGUUCGACGAUGGAGGUGAAUCUACUUUAUUUGGCGACCGCUGUCGCUAUUCUCGCGUACAUCUACCGUUUGUUGACCAAGGACCAUGAUUACUUCCGCGGAAAACCAAUCCCUUCAUUGGCGGCUAAGCCACUGCUCGGCAGCACCGCAGCUCUGGUGCUGAAAAAAUCAUCAUUCAGCGAUCUGGUGAAAACGUUCUACGAUAAAUUUCCCGGAGUGAAGGUGUUUGGUCUGUUCGAUUCCAUGACACGCAUAUUUGUGGUUCGUGACCUCGAGCUGAUCAAAAAGAUCGCGGUGAAGGAUUUUGAGUACUUCAUCGAUCGGCGAACGUUUUUUAGCGAAGGUGACGAUGACAACGAAAAUUUACUCUUCAGCAAAACUCUCGUGGGUAUGCGUGGUCAAAAGUGGCGUGAUAUGAGGGCCACGCUUAGUCCCGCGUUUACCGGAAGCAAGAUGCGGACGAUGUUUGAGCUGAUGGUGAAAUACAGUCAUGGGAUGAUUGAUAUUUUGAGGAAAGAAGCGGCCGGAAUGGGACACAUCGAGCACGAAGUGAAGGAUUUGUACUCACGAAUUGCGAACGAUAUUAUCGCGACGUGUGCAUUCGGAUUGCAGGUGGAGUCUUUGGAGAGUCGCGAGAAUGAGUUCUAUGUGAUGGGCAAGCAAAUGAUGAGUUUCAACAGGAUUAUCGUGUUUCUGCGAAUGAUGGCAAUUAGAAUUUUUCCUAAAAUUACUGCGCGGCUGAGCAUCGAUAUUAUCGACAGGGAACAUAUUCGGUACUUUUGCAAGAUUAUCAGGGAUGCGGUGCGAACGCGGGAGGCCCACGGAAUCGUGCGACCAGAUAUGAUUCAUCUGUUGACGCAGGCGAGAAAGGGUAUAUUGAGGCAUCCACAUGAGGAAACGGAUAUUGCCGAGGGGUUCGCGACGGUUAAUGAAUCGGAUGCUACAAAGGUCUCCUCGUACAAAACGAUGACCGAAAUCGAGCUCAUCGCGCAAUGUAUGAUAUUCUUCUUCGCUGGAUUCGACACCGUGUCCACGGGGAUGAUGUUUAUGUCAUACGAAUUGGCUCUCAAUCCAGACAUCCAACAGAAACUCUACGAAGAAAUUCAGGAAACGAACACACGGCUGCAGGGCGAAUCAUUAUCGUACGAUGUUCUGCAGAAAAUGAAAUAUUUGGAUAUGGUCGUGUCGGAGACCUUAAGGUUGUGGCCGGUACCGGCCGUCGAUCGACAAUGCGUUCGCGAUUACACGUUAGAUGAUGGCGAGGGACUCAAGUUCACCAUUGACGAAGGUGCGUGCGUGUGGAUUCCGGUAUACGGAAUUCAUCGGGAUCCCAAGUACUACCCAAAUCCGAACAAAUUCGAUCCGGAACGAUUCAACGACACCAACCGGGCCAACAUCAACAUGGACGCAUAUUUGCCAUUCGGUGUCGGACCAAGAAACUGCAUCGGAUCGAGGUUCGCACUGAUGGAAAUGAAAGUGAUCAUGUAUCAGCUGCUAUUGCAUUUUAGCCUUGAACGAACCGAGCAAACGCAAGUACCGAUCCAGCUACUCAAGGGAUUGCUGGGACUGGCCAGCGAGAAAGGGGUGCAUCUACGAUUGAAGUUGAGACAAUGAUGGAUUUAUUGUUUAUAAUUUUGAAAUAUUUGUAAAAACAGUACUUACUAACAACAUUUCGUUGUUUUGGAUUGUUCCAAUCGGGUUGUUAUCGGGUGUUGAUAAACUCAACUGUAUUUUCCUAACUUAGAAUUAAGGAAGAAAUAAUUUGUUAUUUAAAAUUAGGAAAUACAGUAAAACCUGUUUUUGUGCGAA